AUGGAAGAUGACAGGCGAGGAAUUCUGCCAAAUGUGGCUAUUAAAAGAAGCCCAGAAACUAAUUCAAAUAUCACCAUACAAACAACUCCUAUAACAACAACAACCUCUACGUUGACAACCAAUAUCAAGACCGAAAGCAGCAACAACAAUAAUAAGUAUAAUAGUAGUAGUAGUAAUAAUAAUAGUAAAGAACAAGACCGGUUCCUUCCAAUAGCGAAUGUGGGACGAAUCAUGAAGAAAGUCAUCCCAGGAAAUGGAAAGAUAUCGAAAGAUGCAAAGGAAACGGUCCAAGAAUGCGUUUCUGAGUUCAUUAGCUUUGUAACUGGAGAAGCAUCAGACAAAUGCCAACGCGAGAAGAGGAAGACCAUUAAUGGCGAUGACAUUAUAUGGGCUAUCGGAGUCCUUGGGUUCGACGAAUAUGUGAACCCACUAAAGCAAUAUCUUAACAAGUACAGAGAACUUGAAGGUGAAAAACUAAAUGUUCCUAAUAAGCAGCAGCAGCAGCAACAGCUACAUGAUCACGCGCAUUCGCCUAGUUUGCCUAAUUACAACAGCGUAUAUAAUUCUCCCUCAGGUCUUGGUUUGCCUCAACCUUCAUUUGUGUCAACAGAUCAAUCGUUUCCGUUUCCAUUGAUUUCACAGAAUUCAAUCCAAUCCCAAUUAUCUCAACAAGAGCAGCAGAUUGACUCUGUUGGGCAUUGGUAAAAAGAAAAAACCUAGCUAAGACAAUAUGAAUAGGUUUGAUCAUUAUACGUAAUUUAUCUUCUUUUUUUUCUUUUUGGUAUUUUCCUCCUUUCAUUUGAAAAUUUUUGUAACGUAAAAUGAUAUAGGAUGAGCAUACUGUUAUAUUACAUUGAAAUUCUUUGACGGCU